AUGGGGUUCACUUACGCACUCCUUUGCGAUCUCCUCGAAAACUUGGAGAAUGGCAGGAGAUCCAGUGUGUCCACCGCAGCCCGGAAGGCCAUUCCGGACAUUCAACCAGUUGCUCAGUGGUUCGCCCGACAUGAACGUGUUAUUCAAGAUUCUGGAACCGACAGAGUCGCCUUGCUUUCAUGCAUAUUUCCCGAGAAGCGAACCGAUCGAGUGUAUUGGCUAGGAGCAAACUUACUAUCCAAGGUCAUCGGUCGAUGUCUCGGACUAGGAUCAUCGCGACUCAAAGAACUCAAUUUAUGGCAAACUGCUGGAAAUGGAGAUCUUGGAAAAUGCGUCGAGAACGUGAUGCGCCAAGCCGAGAACUAUGUACAACCCGGGCAGGAACUGUCAGUGGAAGAGGUUGACCGCGCCAUGGAGACGAUUGCCUCGCGAUGUCGCUUCUCCGGCCCUCAGGUUCGACGAAACCGCUCGGCAGUAGAUUGCGACUCAGUUUUGUCCUCGCUGUAUCGUCGGUCCAGCAGCCGUGAUGCCAAGUGGCUCACUCGCAUGAUCCUGAAAAGCUAUGCUCCUGUCGUUUUUCCCGAACAAUAUACACUGAAGAAGUUUCACUUUCUCCUGCCACAUCUUUUCCUACUGCAAAAUUCCUUUGACGGAGCGCUGGCAAUGCUUGCUUCCGAGCCUAUCAAUCAUUUCCCACCCAACCCCGAUCCAAAAUCAGCCAAGGGCCUGAGCUCAAUUGCAAUGCAACAUUUGCGGCCUCGAGUUGGUAUUAAGGUUGGGCGUCCCGACUACUACAAAGCCCGGAGUAUCAAACAUUGUCACCAAAUGGUCAAUGGUCGGCGCAUGAGCAUCGAACGGAAAUACGACGGUGAAUAUUGUCAGAUACACGUCGAUAUGUCCAACAAAUGUGCUCCUAUCCAAAUAUUUUCAAAGAGCGGAAAGGACUCGACUGCAGAUAGAGACAAAGUCUUGCCUGUGAUAGAAGAAGCCCUAGGCCUAGGACGCCCCGAGUGCAAAUUUACCGGACGAUGUAUCCUUGAAGGGGAGCUGCUUGUAUGGAACGACGAAGAUGGUGAGAUCAUGGACUUCAACAGACUUCGAAGACUACUCCCCAGGUCAGGUGUUUUGUUGGGCGUUGAACACGAUUCUCCGCCACAACCUUUUGAGCGCUUGAUGAUUAUGUUUUUCGACAUCCUCAUGCUUGACAACGAUGUUUGCCUAUCUAAGCCUCACCGGGAGAGACGGUUGCUUCUUCAGAAGGUGGUGCGGAGAAUACCCGGCCGAUCUGACCUCGCGCACCAAGAAGUGCUGGACUUUAGCCGAGAGGGCAGCUAUCAUCGCCUCGAAAGGAGCUUUGAGAAGGCAAUCACCCAACGUUGGGAGGGAUAUGUCCUCAAGGCUUCUGAUGAACCCUAUUUUCCAAUAUAUUCCACCGGCGUUGAUCAAAUGUUUGGCCGAUGGAUCAAGCUGAAGAAAGAUUAUAUUCCUGGACUCGGAGACACCGUUGAUUUUGCUAUCAUUGGUGGGACUUACAACUCGCGGGAUGUGCAAAACCUAUCGCAAAUCAGAAAGUUAAAGUGGACUCACUUUUUUGUCGGUUGUCUUAUGAACAAAGAAGAGUUUCAUGAAGAUGGUUCCCUUCCACAUUUUCGGGUCAUUGAUGUGAUUGGUCGACACAGCAUGAGUUGGCAAAACAUGCAGCUCCUUAAUCAAUUCGGCGAGUUUUACGAGUGUUCACCUGACGAGUUCGAAGGGUUCGCCGUGGAGUACGGACAUAGUGGCCUUCCCAAAGCAACCACCUGGUUCAAGCAUCCCUUCGUGGUCGAGAUGCUAGGCAGUGGGUUCGAAAAGCCACCCAGUGGUAGAUACUUUACGCUCCGGUUUCCGCGAAUUCUGAAGGUUCACUUGGAUAGGCCGAUGGAAGACACCGCUUCCUUUCGAGAGCUGCAGAUACUCGCCGAAGAAGCUCGAGCUUUGCCUCUGGAUGAAGUGGAAGAGCUCAGGGACCGAACCGAAUGGUCCAAACGUCUGAACAUUGAGUGCCAGCUUACCCAAUCCAAUGAAAUGGUAUCGGACCCAGAAGCUACGUGCUCAGACACUGACUCUGAGCCAGGGUCACCAGUGACUCAAAUACCUUUUGCGCCAACGGCCUCGGAAGAUAGUUAUAUGGAAGCACGUCCACUAAUGGACUGUUACAUUGGUGGAAUCUCCUCGGAAAGAACCACUGAUCAGUCACAAGAAAAACAGACGAGUGUGCCCUUAAUUUAUACUGACGUGGUUGCACUGCCCGUUGAGCCUGAGAAUCCAGUUUGCUAUCAAAGUGUGCUAGCCAGUAACAUCAACUUGGCGUCUCAUCAAGCUUCCAACCAGAGCGAUGAGAAAAGGGCAUCUCAAAAUGCAGAGCAAUGCUUACCCACAAAUUUGCUUCGGGCACCAUCGCAAUCGGCAGCUCCUGGUCGACCAGCUCCAGUUCACUCGACCAGCAUUUCUGGUCCGUCCACUUGUAUCUCUCAGAAUUCACAACAAAGGGAAACACUGGGAUCAGGAGUUAAGCCUUCGUUCCCUUCACUGAAGAGAAAGGGGUCUCCACAAUCACCCUUGACAACUAUUCCUCUGUGGACUACCGAGACAUCAUUCGGGAGCUUUGCAGCUCUAGAAACCGAUCAGAAACACUCUCAGGAUCUAAAACUCAACACUUUGCAAGACUUUGUCCAACAAUUGUGUUCAAAUCAAACGGCAUUCGCACUCCAACAAUCGAAUCCAUAUGCCGCAUCCCAAGGCAUGAAAUUUGGCAUAAUAAUAUUCAAUCCCGGGGUGACUGCACUGGGCGAAGAAAUGCGCCGACUCGUGGCAGCUCUUUCCAAAUUUGCCCAAAAUGGCAUGCGUUCAGCAGCUUCCGUCGGAAAAGUCUUCUUCUUGGCCUCUAGCAUCCUGGCACAGGACCUCAGUCCCGAGGACGGUCGCUUUUGUUUGCGUGAGACAUGGGAAGCCAUUGGAUCUGACCAUUACUACGGAUGUGUCGGCUGGGAUCUCCGUGGACGAUUUGACAAUCUCGUUACCACUAAAGCCAAUCAUCUUCCGGUCUCGAAAACAACUAUUCCAGAUGGCCAGCAGUCGGAGCUGCGCACAGAGCCCUGGAUUAAAAUCUCAUUUGAAGACUCGGAGAUUGCUACGUUGGGUGAAUAUAUUUCCAUGGAACCACCCAUUCAUGCCCGAGAUAUCUGA